UUAUCUAGUUUGUGGCAUUAAAUUCACCUAAACUAAUUUGAAAUGAUGAGUUAUCAGAAGGGCCUUAAAGAUCCAAAUUUGGAUAGACAUACCAGUAAAGCCAAAUCACGGCAUUUUACGGUGAAUGGUCUGAGUGGCAAUAACACGCUUCAGCAGCAGCAACAACAGCAACAGCAACAAUAUAAUCUACAACAGCAACCUUCUACCAAUGACACUCGCAACAUUUACAACAAUCCCUAUUCCCCACCCCAACAACAACAGCAGCAGCAGCAACAACAACAACAACAACAACAACAGCAGCAACAGCAGCAACAGCAACAACAAUUACAGACACACCAACAACUACAACAACGCACUGCACAUCUCUUCAAGGCUUUAGCUGCCUCAAAUGCUGCUGGCGGUGGCAACAAUAGCUUAAAUCAUCCAUAUGACUUUUCCAAUUCAUCAUCAUCAUCGAAUGCCAAUAAUGAGCAACAAGGAUCAUCAUCAUCGGAAGCAGAAAAUGCAUUUUUAACUCAUAAUAACGCUAUUAAAGUGUAG